AUGAAUGGCAUGCAUUCUCUGGCCUCAGGAGCAGACUCUGCCCUUGACCUUCCCGAAGCCAUCCCCACUCAUCCCCUGGGCGUCAAACCAUCCGGCAACGGCUUAACCGCCUCCUGGACCCUACGCUCUUCAAUUGGAUAUUUUGGUAUCUUGCCAGAUGAGCUCAUUUCGCUCCUGCUUGAAUCCUUAGACGCGAAGGCAUUGAGAAGAUUGGGGGCUACAUGCAAGGCAUUGUAUGCAUUUACUCGGAGUGAAGAGCUGUGGAAAGGUAUCUUUAUAGAGACAUCGCCGCCAGACUUCACCUGGCGGGGCACAUGGUAUUCAACGUAUCUCAACCUACCAGAGUCCAAGGUUGCUUCACCUGAUUGCUCCCAUCUCUUCUCAGAUGUUCUCCAUCGGCCAUUCUAUUGCGCCCAUAUCUCUCUCACCCCAUACACUGAGAACAUCCCCUCAAGAAAUCAAAUCACCCGGCUCAGCGACCUUACACCUACCGAAUUCGAAGAAUCAUGGUCAUAUCGUCCAUUCAUCCUGACAGAGCCCGUCAGAAACUGGCCAGUGUAUAAGACUUGGUCAAUCGAAACGCUGGUCAAGCAAUACAGCAACGCCCUAUUCCGUGCCGAAGCCGUAGACUGGCCGUUACGCACUUAUGUGGACUACAUGAACAACAACUCCGACGAAAGCCCACUAUACCUCUUCGACCGAAGUUUCGUAGAGAAAAUGGGACUGUCUACCCACGGCCAAAAUGCUUCAUUUCAGCCACCAUCGUGCUUUGGCGAAGAUUUGUUCGGGGUCCUAGGCGCCCAACGUCCUGACAAGGAGUGGUUGAUCAUCGGCCCCGAGAGGAGCGGAAGCACGUUCCACAAGGAUCCCAACGCGACCAGUGCGUGGAAUGCCGUGAUUAGCGGAUCGAAAUACUGGAUCAUGUUUCCCAGCUCGUCUUCUCUGCCUCCGCCUCCGGGAGUGUACGUCUCCGCGGAUCAGAGCGAAGUUACCUCGCCACUCAGCAUAGCCGAAUGGCUGCUGAACUUCCAUGCCGCCGCGCGCAAGAUCCAAGGGUGUGUAGAGGCGAUUUGCAGUGAAGGGGAGGUCCUGCAUGUACCGUCUGGAUGGUGGCAUUUGGUCGUCAAUUUGAGCCCCUGCAUUGCCAUCACCCAAAAUUUCGUUCCGAAAAAGCAUCUGGGCGCGGCGCUGGAGUUUCUAAAAUACAAGAAUGAUCAGGUUUCUGGGUUCAGGAAGGAUGUGGAAGAUCCGUAUGGAAUGUUUGUCGAACGGAUGAGGGAGGCGUACCCUGAAUUACUAGAAGUUGCUCUUACAGAAAUGGAGGGUAAAAAGAAGAGAAAAUGGGAUGAAAUCGUCCACGGAAAUGGAGAAGAUGCAGAGGAUGAAGCUACCGGAGGGUUUAGCUUUGGUUUUGGUGACGAGGGAAGCGAUGUUGAAAUUCCGUGA